AUGACACCCGGCACGAAACGAACAAUUAUUACCUCGAAAACUACUGGUCGUCGUUAUUUUUUAGUUCGUUCAGCUAAUCGACCAAGUGGCAGACGGUAUUAUGUUUGUUCAAAUCCAAAUUGUAAAGCACGAGUAUCUCGUGAAGCAGAUCGGUAUUGUAAAAUUCAUAUUCAAGAACAACAAACGGACAAUGAAGGUAUUGCCAAUAUUUCAACAAAAUCGGAUCAAAUUGAUGAGAAUGAUAUUCAAGACAAUGGUGAAGUGAUCGAUGAAGAAUCCUCGACAACAGCACAACAAAAUACAACAACGGAAGCAAGUCUUAUGGAAGAACCAAAUGAAAGUGCAAACAAUGAUUCAAUGCAUGACGAUGAUGUCGAAGACAUUCAUGAUAACAUGCAAACAGAUACUUCAACAGCACUUGCAGUUAAUUCUCAUUCAAAUCGACAAAUUCAAGUAGAUGAAAUAACAGGUGCACGUAGUUUUCGUGACAAUUCUGGUCGUCGUCGAUAUCUUUGUAUGCAUGAAACAUGUCCAAAUGCUUUAAGACGUCAAUCAGAUUUCUUUUGUCGUUUACAUCUAUCUAACGGAAAACAAUCAAUUGAGAGUAAACCAAAACGUCGAACGCAAAAUCGUCAUUCAGCUCCGGCAUCAACAAUUUCAUCGAAAAAAAAUCGUUUUCGUUCACCGUUUCAAACGACGAACACUACAGCAACAACAACAACAACAACAACAGCAUCUGAAAAUGGUACUGAUGGUAAUCAAUCUGAUGAAUAUGAAGCACCAAAAAAAAAUAUUAUACAACGUAGUGGAACAACUCGAUCAUUUCGGGAUGCAUCUGGAAAAUUACGUUUUCUUUGUUCAGUUCCUACAUGUCAAAGUCGUGUACCUCGACAAAGUGAAGCUUAUUGUAGACGUCAUGGACUCGAAAUGCAAGUUAAAGAAUCUGAAGAUAAUAAUAUUCAACCAGCAAAUAGCAAUGGUAUUAUCAAUGAGGAAAAAAGUAAUAUAGAGCUUAUAACAAAUUAA